AUGCAGUUUUGUGUUUUUCCCAAAGAUAGAUUAGAUGAGAUAACAAAGGUGAGAGCAGAGGCCGAAGCAUCUUCUCAAAUGGGAAAGAAGCAUUUCUAUGGUCCAACUCCUGGGACAACCUUAAACACAGUAACCCCUUGUGCUGCAUGCAAGCUUUUGAGAAGAAGGUGUGCUGAAGAAUGCCCUUUCUCCCCUUAUUUUUCACCACAUGAACCUCAAAAGUUUGCAGCCGUUCACAAAGUGUUUGGCGCAAGCAAUGUCUCCAAGAUGCUUCUGGAGGUACCAGAAGGUCAAAGGGCUGAUGCAGCAAAUAGCCUUGUUUAUGAAGCUAACUUGAGGCUAAGAGAUCCUGUGUAUGGAUGCAUGGGUGCAAUUUCAGCUUUGCAGCAACAAGUUCAAUCUUUACAAGCAGAAAUAAAUGCAAUAAGGGCAGAGAUACUAAAAUACAAGUAUAGAGAAGCUGCAAGUCUCAUUUCUUCCAAUCAUGCUGCUUUGGUUUCUUCAGCUGAUGCAUUAUCAGCAGCAAUUCCUGCACAAUCACAGCCACAAGGUCUUUCUCAACCUCCUCCUCCAUCGAUACCAUUGCCUUCUCCUCCAGCUAAACCAUUAUCUUCUCCUUCUAUUAUCCUUUCAUCCUUGUCUUCAUCUUCAACUUCUUCUGUGUACACUCCUCCUAAAAGCUCAAUGAGCCUCGGAUCCAUUUCCAGCACUGAAAAUGUCCCAUACUUUGUUUAG